GCAUUGUCUUGCAUUGUCUUCUCGGCAUCAGUGCCACAACGUUGACGGCAGGCAGCGCAUCUCUACAUAAUAGUGUUUUUGCUCGAACUCGCUGAGCAAGCAAGGAUACAGCCAAGGUAGCAGAGUCUUGGCCGAGCACCAAAACAUCAUCGCCAGAGCGUGUGUGUUGCCCAUUCCCUGUUUACGGUAAUUCCUUUUACACAGCACCAUGUCCGGUGAUGAAGCCUCAGCCGCUGCGACGAGUGAACUCCCAGGCGGGAGGACUGCAGGUGGGCGCAGACCGCUGCUAGCGCCAGCGUCUAGCCUGAUGUCAGCACCGGCAGAUGGGGCCCGUGGAGCCCGGAGCCAGUCCCGUUCUCCGCGGGGGGCUCUGGGCCCCGCUGACGUACAAGGGGCCCGCGCCGCCAGCUCCGACUUCGCAGCUGUGAAGAAGCUAGUGGAAGACGAGUUGAAGGGGUUCCUACCGAAUGAGCUGAUUAAGAGAAUUCAGAAAUCCACGAACGAUUUGAACGCGAGAAUCGCAAGUCUCCAGAAGGUGAACGAGAGGGCGACGAGCACCAAGAGCGAUGUGGAAGCUUUGAGUGCUGGCCGGGUCCCUUCUGGGUGUCGACCCUUCACGUUGGCAUACGAGUCGCCGUUCUUGGACACAGAGCGCGUCGUUGACCUGAGUUUCCGCCUUGACCUCUCCGGCAAGACGCUGCGGGAGGCGAAGCAAGAGGCCUACUGCGCGCACCUGGCCAUUCAGAAGAAACUCGAUGUGCUGCUCCUGGCCAAGCAGAGGGACGACCUGCGCAGGCUCACGAAGAGGGAUUACUUCGUCGAGACAUGCGCGGCCGCCCUGUCCGACCAGACGUCCAGAGUUUCAGGCCUGGACCUCGAUCUGGACCUGGACAACGACGACGGCUUCCAGGUCUCCACUGCCGGCGUCGACGCCGAGCGGUUGAAGGCCAAAGCCACCGCCAUCUACGCCAAGGCGGUGGCUCGAGCUUCAGACGAGAAGGCUCGCAAGCAGCAGGAGAAGGCCAAACAGGACCAGGCCCAGGAGAAGCUGAUCCAGCAGAUGAUGGAGACGAGCCCUGCGGACCUCUUCAACAUGGCCGUGGAUGCUCGUGUGAUCGCUCGCCAGCGCGUGCCUGGCCGAGCAGGUCCGGCAGGUGGCGGCACCAUAGCCGCCCAGGCGGCAUCCCUGUACACCUCCACCAUGGCCGCUGGCCAGUCCUCUGUCGACCGCGCCGACGCCGUACGCCUUGCUGCCUUAUCAAAAAACGGCACGUCCCCGCCCGGACAGGGCGGGGGCAAGGACAAAGGCAAAGGCAAAGGGCGAGGCGACCCGAAGGGCAAGUCCAAGGGCAACGGGAAAGCCACGCCCUCCCCCAAGGGCGAGUCAAAGGGCAAGUCCAAGGGCAAGGGCAAAGGCAAGAGCAAGGCAUCCGGCAAGACGAGCGCCGGGAAGGGCGCUGGCGCACGAGGAAGCGCGAGAGGGUCUGGACGUGGCAGAUCCGCCGGAGGCAGGCGGCGAGGGAGGGGGACGUGACGGUGAGGCUGGCCCGUUUGUUCCUGCAGUUCACUCGUGAUCUCCCCGCCCCUGAUUUCAACUCUUUGCUUUCGUGUGAUGAUAAACCAGUUUAUUUGUUUCACCCGCGUUCGAAUUGUGCGACUGUUCCUUCAGGUACCGAGCUGGCCUGGCCAGUCAGGUUUUUGCUUACGAUGUUUCAUCGAAAGCACGUGUUUUGCAUGACACCCAAAUCUUCUUUGUCUCACGUUUCUCUUGCCCUUUGGAAUUGGGAGCAUAAGCUUCGUUGGAGAUGGUUUUUCGGAUCUAACGCCGAAGACCCAACAGCUGGCGAAAGCUGGUGGCGGUUGCGAUCCAAGAAAAGAUAUUGCAAGCCGUGUGAUGUUGUAUUGCCUCUGUCUCUGCAGUGCAUGGUUGACGCUGUCAGGCGUGAGGUCUGGCAGGCGUGCCUUGUACAGAGCCGGCGUCGCGCUCCGCCAGUGCCCGCAGUGAUUAGGCUUGCUCUCUCCCUCCUCCAAAAAACGGGCGUCGGGGCGCUCCCCACAGAUAAAGAUGCUGGUUUUUGUUUAAUCCGCAAGGGCGAUUUGCACAAUCGCUACAUGCAUCUAUUGUCUGGCCCCGCUUACCGAGUGAAGCUCGCUCCAUACAGUUUUGGGGCGACAGUGGUAACUGAUUUCAUCGAGGCUGUUCGCGAAACGUGCAGGGUUUUAGAUGACAGGGCGCUCGAGCGAGCCAUGCUUUCGGACGUGGACGCGAGCCGGUGCGAAGACAUCGUGUCGCGCGUUGGGGCCACCGUCAAGACGCACAAGCCUCCUGGCAAGGUGGAGUUGCGCCUCCUCCACUGUAGUGUUCGUAAUCCGAUGGCUCCAGCAAUGCGGUGGAUCUCCCACGCGUUGCUCCCUCAUCUUAGGCGUGUUCCGUUUCUGGCUCGCGACACCCAGCACCUAUUACAGAUCAUGUCGCGCACAGUCGUGCCAGCCGAUUGCCACUUAGUUAAAAUAGACAUAAAAGAAUAUUUUAUGUCUGGUUUGCAUGCCGAUCUUGUCACACACUCCUCAGCUUUUUUCGACGGCGUCCAACAAGACGCAUACGCCAAGCUGCUGCGUGCGAUUUUGGAUUGCCAGUACGUGGCGUGCCCCACAGCGCCCGACAAGGUCUGGAAGGUCACCGUCGGCGCUGGCAUGGGACUCCCUUGUAGUGGGGAGGUUGCUGACGCAGCGUAUUUCAAUCAAGUUGAGCGCGACAGCGUGUCUCAAGAUCGUUUCUGUGAGUUGCACGGCAUAGUAGCUUAUAUUAGGUAUCGUGACGACAUUAUGCUGGUGCAUUCGGGGUCCAGAGCACAGCUCGAUGCCCUUAUUGGCAGAUUGCAAGAGCUGUCUACGGUGUUUAAGCUAGAAGUUGAGAGUAUCGCCUCCGAUGAGGUUCAGAUGCUCGACGUCGUGUUUUACCGUGGGCCCCGCUGGCGCUCCACGGGCAUCAUGGAUCACCGCAUUCAUAUCAAGCGGUCGUCUUUGUGGAUCCCCCUCAGCGAUCGCAGCAUGCAUCCCGCCGGCGUGCACCGAGCAUGGCCGCUCGCACACGCGCUCCGCGUGCGCCGUUUGUGUUCGGAGCGGCAGCACGCCGACAGUGAGAUCAAGAAGUUUUGUAGCAUUUUGCGUCAGCAUUCCUCACACAUCGCACUAUUACCACGAAUCUUGGGGGUGCGGCCCCCCAUUGUUCGCCUCCCUGGCUCGACUGUCCAUGAGCAACAGCCUUUGACUCGUAUUGUAAUGCCGUACUGCAGCCAGUGGCAGGCUGCAGGCGUGCAGCGUGUAGUAAAUCGCGCUGUGAAGCCAUGGCGCUCUCAACACGGAGGCUUCUCCGCCAUAGGCAUCGCAUGGAGUUUGGGCGACAAGCAUCUUGUCCAG